GUUUCCGAACCCCAAUUUGGAGAUAUGACGUUUCUACAAUUCUUAAGUCGCAUGCAAGAGCAAUCUACUUCACAAUCUCGAUAUUUAUCAUGAACACAAAUUGUGAGCUUUAUUCAUCGUGACCCAUCUCAACACAUUGAUCGACCAUCAUGACGCCCAAAACAAUGAAAGCCGUCCAGAUCCAACAGUUCAACGAACCUUAUCAUGUCUCCGAAGUGCCUGUCCCCAGCCCCCAGCCGCACCAAGUGCUGGUUCGCGUCAAGGCUGCCGGGUUCUGCCAUACUGAUCUCAUGGCACUGAAUAAUGAUUUCAAUACAAAGUUGCCCUUUAUAGGAUCCCAUGAACCUGCUGGCGUUAUUGAGGAGGUUGGGUCACAGGUAACGGGGUUUGCGAAGGGUGAUAGAGUCGGGUGUAUUAAUUUCGAUAGCGUUUGUGGUAAAUGUCCCGACUGCAAAGCAGGCCUUCCAAUUUAUUGCGAUAGCCCUCUGAUGAAAGGCCUGACUGCCGAUGGUGGCUGGGCCGAGUACAUGGUUGCAGAUGCCCGCUUUAUUGUCAAGCUCCCAGGGGACAUGGAGUUCAAGAUUGCAGCACCCUUGAUGUGCGCAGGGAUUAGUAUCUACGGCGGGAUCGUCCGGGCAAAUGUGCCCAAAGGCGGAUCCAUUGGCAUUGUCGGAAUCGGUGGGCUCGGCCAUAUUGGUACUCAGCUAGCCAAAUGCAUGGGCUACAAAGUCGCAGCCAUUGAUGUGAAACAGUCCGCCUUGAACGCCGUGGCAUCUUAUGAGCAUAGCCCAGAUAUUUCGAUUCUGGCGACGGACCCUGUUGAAAAGUCACUGGAUAAAAUCAACAAGGUGGUUUCCUCGGACUAUCCUGGCCUGGAUGCCACCGUGCUUGCUACGGAUCAUCCGGCGGCGUUCGAGCUGGCAGCGGCCCUGACUCGCAAACAUGGAACGAUGGUGCUUCUGGGUCAGCCUGACAAAGGCAUCACGAUGUCUUAUUUCACCACGAUCUACAAGGACAUCAAAUUGGUUGGAUCUUUGGUUGCCGACACGGCAGAGGCACAGGAGCUAAUCGCGCUCUUCCACCAAAACAAGCUGCACGUCGAAGUCACGGAGUGGAAGUUGGAACAAGCAGAGCAGAUGAAGCAGGACUACCUGUCAGGGACCACGAAUGGCAAGAAUGUUGUCAUUCUCGAAUAG